GUCUCGUUCGUGCGCGGUGGCAAACCGUACCCUUGGGUCAACAACCCUGGACCUGCCAUCCCGGUUUCCAUUCGUCCUACUCCGUACUGUUCUCAUUUUCGGUGGUUCGUCACGGGUGUUCUCACUCUUCAACGUCUGCGAUUUUCUCUUCCCUAAUCUCGUAUUGUUGCCCCGGCCACUUGCGACCCUUCUCCACCACGACCACAACUGAUUACACUACCACCGACGAUAACAUCAACUCAUCUCGCUCCGCAACGCUUCCCACGAUAACUUCUCCGAGCCCCUCCAUCAGCAACAACAACAACCACCACCGCAACCGAUCGCCUGCCUGCGCCGCUUUUCAUCGCUCCGUCUGUUUUUGCACCAUGCCUCUAUCGAACCGCCGCCGCGCGCGGCGCAAGGAGAUUCAGUUACAAGAGACAUCCGACGCAGAGGCCCCGGAUUCAUCGCCGACGCGACCGUCAAAUAAGAAGCGCAAGGUCGAACAUUCUCGAGUAUCCCCACAAACGCGCCCGAUCAAGCCCGAGUCCGCCGACGAAGCCGACGAUGACCAGGACCUGUCGGAGAAUCAAGACCUCGUUGACCUGGUAAUCUCAUAUCUCGAGGCUGCACGCGAAGAGGUUCGAGUUCAUCGCGACUAUUCCAAUACGAAGACGGAGGCAGAGCAGAGCAUUCGCGCCUACGCCAAAAUUGCCGGUCGCAAUUGGACUUACUAUGUAAAGACCCUCCAUGUCAACAUCGGUCGCGAACCCGACCGCGAGCAGAAGCUAGAUGAGCAGUCGAGUCCGGUCACGAUUGCCGCGCGCGCUCUUCCGGAGGUGAAUGUCGAUCUGGGCCCCAGCAAGUUCGUCUCGCGCUUGCACGCGGAGAUUUUCUACGAUGGUGAGGACACGGGCUCAUGGCACAUCCGUGUCAACGGUCGCAACGGGGUGCGCCUCAACAGCGUCAUCCUCAAGCGCGGAACCGACGCCGUUCUCUCUUGCGGCGAUAUCAUCGAGAUUGCCAACACCCAGAUGAUGUUCGUCACCCCGGGCGACAAGGCGACCAUCCACCCCAGCUUCGUUGAUCGAGCGCAGCGACUGGCGAACGGCGAGGAAGAGCCUGCCACCUGGGAUGCCAGUCAACACGCCCAUCCUCAUGCUUCUCACUCAUCGACCAACACCGCUGGGACUACCGCGCCCGCUCCGCCAUCAUUGGCACCCGCACCGCACUUCCUCAAGCGCCAAGUGACCCCUCCUCCACGGUCGCCCGACACAGUGGGGGCCCGUACUGCCAAGCAGUCCCCUUUGUAUAACCGCGGUAUGAUGAUGGAGAGCACGGAAGAGAUUGAUUAUAGCAAAGACUCGGCCAAGGACCUCAAGCCGCCGUACAGCUACGCGAAUCUGAUCGCCCAGGCCAUCUUCUCCAGUGAGGAGGAGAAGCUUACCCUUAACAAUAUUUACAACUGGAUCAUGGACAAGUACGCUUUUUAUCGGCAUUCUCAGAGCGGUUGGCAGAACUCGAUCCGUCAUAAUUUGUCGCUGAACAAGGCGUUCCAGAAGGUGCCGCGACGCACAGACGAGCCGGGCAAGGGAAUGAAGUGGCAGAUUGCACCCGAGCACCGCGAGGAGUAUUGGAAGAAGCAGCUGCGGAAGGGCACGCAAUCGUCGGCUCCAUCAUCACCUGCAACCAAAGUACCCGAUCGCCGGGGCUCCACAAACGGCAUGGAGGCCGUAUUUAACAGCAAAAAGUCCCCACCAGUAUCGUCCCCCGGUUUCAGUUCAUUCCCAGUGGCUCCAGUCGAGGCGUACACUCCCGAACGAGGAUCUCGUGCCAGCCGCAAUGGAGCAGCGGAGCACAAUUUACGCCCACCCAACACACGUGACUAUGAAGAGCCUUCGCCGCUCCCAACCCGGUCAGCGACGAAGAACGCGGGUAGCAAUGGGACCAGUCUCAGUCGAACAUAUGGGUUGUCGGACGCGGCCGUGGGAUCACCUCCAGUACUGUCAUCGUCGUACUAUGAUGACGGUCCAUCGUCAAUGAUUACACCCGCCCCACAGCGGCAACAGCCGCGCCUGCCCCCUCCGAGCACGGCGCAAAUACCAUCCAAAUUCAUGCCAAUGAGCUCACCGGCGCAGUUCUGGAAAUUCGCGGAUAUUGGCAGCACGCCGGCGCGACCGGUACCUGACAUGAGUCCGCUCAAGGGAGACCCCGGGGAUGUCCUAGGCAGUAUCCCGAGCAGCAGUCCGCCACCCCCCAACCUCGCAAGUCCUAGUAAACCAGGAACAACAGGUAUGGCUACCGGUCGUGUGUUGCCGCCACCACGGCGAGAGCCUGAGCCACAGGGUGGUCGUCGUCCUGCCCCUGGAGCGGGAGAAGAGGAGGAGGACGAGAGCGGGUUUGAUUUGGCGAGAGGCUUCCAAACGAUCGGAUCAUAUCAUCGCCAGCUGAGUAAUGCGGCGCGUACAAGUGCAGCGACGUCGUGAGGAGGAAUGGCUUGUUU